CACAAAUCUACCAAACCCAUUCUCUACAACUCACCUUCAUCUAGAUUUACCCACUCCCACCGAGAAACAAAAAAAGAUAUACAUAUAUAUACACAACACAUGAUGCUGAUGCAAUAUACACAACAAAGUAUUAAAUCUUAGAUAUUGUGGGUCUCCCCCUCUCUCAUUACUAUUCAUUUUCUUAUUCAUUAAAGAAAAAAAAAAUAUGGAUACUCUCUUUAGACUAGUCAGUCUCCAACAACAACAACAAUCCGAUAGUAUCAUUACAAAUCAAUCUUCGUUAAGCAGAACCUCCACCACCACUACCGGCUCUCCACAAACUGCUUAUCACUACAACUUUCCACAAAACGACGUCGCCGAAGAAUGCUUCAACUUUUUCAUGGAUGAAGAAGACCUUUCCUCUUCUUCUUCUCACCACAACCAUCACCACACCAAUCCUAACACUUACUAUUCCCCUUUCACUACUCCCACCCAAUACCAUCCCGCCACGUCAUCAACCCCUUCCUCCACCGCCGCGGCUGCAGCCUUAGCCUCGCCGUACUCCUCCUCCGGCCACCACAAUGACCCUUCCGCCUUCUCCAUCCCUCAAACUCCUCCUUCCUUCGACUUCUCAGCCAAUGCCAAGUGGGCUGACUCCGUCCUCCUCGAAGCAGCACGUGCCUUCUCCGACAAGGACACCGCACGUGCGCAACAAAUCCUAUGGACGCUCAACGAGCUCUCUUCUCCGUACGGAGACACCGAGCAAAAACUUGCUUCUUACUUCCUCCAAGCUCUCUUCAACCGCAUGACCGGCUCAGGCGAACGAUGCUACCGAACCAUGGUAACAGCUGCAGCCACAGAGAAGACUUGCUCCUUCGAGUCAACGCGAAAAACCGUGCUUAAGUUCCAAGAAGUUAGCCCCUGGGCCACGUUUGGACACGUUGCGGCCAACGGAGCAAUCUUGGAAGCAGUAGACGGAGAGGCAAAGAUCCACAUCGUCGACAUAAGCUCAACGUUUUGCACUCAAUGGCCAACUCUUCUAGAAGCCUUAGCCACAAGAUCAGACGACACGCCUCACCUAAGGCUAACCACAGUAGUCGUGGCCAACAAGUUCGUCAACGAUCAAACGGCGUCGCAUCGGAUGAUGAAAGAGAUCGGAAACAGAAUGGAGAAAUUUGCAAGGCUUAUGGGAGUUCCUUUUAAAUUCAACAUUAUUCAUCACGUCGGAGACUUAUCUGAGUUUGAUCUCAACGAGCUCGAUGUUAAAGAAGACGAGGUUUUGGCCAUUAACUGCGUAGGUGCGAUGCAUGGGAUAGCGCCACGUGGAAACCCUAGAGACGCUGUGAUAUCGAACUUUCGACGGUUAAGGCCGAGGAUUGUGACGGUCGUGGAAGAGGAAGCUGAUCUUAUCGGAGAAGAAGAAGGUGGCUUUGACGAUGAGUUCUUGAGAGGGUUUGGAGAAUGUUUACGAUGGUUUAGGGUUUGCUUCGAGUCAUGGGAAGAGAGUUUUCCGAGGACGAGCAACGAGAGGUUGAUGCUAGAACGUGCAGCGGGACGUGCGGUCGUUGAUCUUGUUGCGUGUGAGCCGUCAGAUUCGACGGAGAGGAGAGAGACGGCGAGGAAGUGGUCGAGGAGGAUGAGGAACGGUGGGUUUGGAGCGGUGGGAUAUAGUGAUGAGGUGGCGGAUGACGUCAGAGCUUUGUUGAGGAGAUAUAAAGAAGGUGUUUGGUCGAUGGUACAGUGUUCUGAUGCCGCCGGAAUAUUCCUUUGUUGGAGAGAUCAGCCGGUGGUUUGGGCUAGUGCGUGGCGGCCAACGUAACGUAAAGGAUUGUUUAUUUACUUUAUUUUGGUUUUGAUAUAAAAAACUCGCACGCGCGCUUUUUUCUUGAGAUGGUUUCACACGUGUGGUGAUGGUUCAUGAUGGGUUUUGAGAUUAUGGUGAUGAUGCGGUUCGUAAUUUGAAUUUGGCUUUUGGAAUAGGACAAAUUAAGUAAUUAUGAUCAUUGAGGAGGUAUCAAAGUUCAUACAAUUCGAGUUUUUUUUUUUU